AUGCCUUCUCAUGAGUCCGAAAUCAUCAUUGUCGGGGCCGGCGUGUUCGGUCUGAGUGCAGCCUUAUGGCUAGCACGCGACGGCUACCAAAAGAUAACCGUAUAUGAUCGUACUGAUUACGACGCAACGAACUACGACCCAGCAAAUGGAUGCUCAGCAGCCUCUGCUGACAUUAAUAAGAUUUUUCGCACUGCGUACGGAGAUCAGCAGGAAUAUCAGGAUCUUGCCAUCGAAGCAAGAGACAUGUGGAUGGCUUGGAACGAACAAAUUGCGGGUGCAAAAGAAGCCGAACUUCCAAAACCAUUGACUCCCCACGACAAAUUGUUGGAAGAGUGUGGCGUCUACUACUUGAGCUCGGGGGAAGGCAAGUUGACGUCCCAUUUUCAACAGAGUCUGGAUACUCUAGCAGAGACUGCUCCCUCCAUCCGUCAGCGAAUCUAUCUCAAGGGCGAUCAGGAGGAGGAAAAGCGGCUUGCAACAGAGAUGGAUGCAAAAUGGAAGGCGAAAUAUCAUAUCGCCGACAAACUAGCUGGAGGUAGCUCGCAUGGGUUUCUCGAUACAAGUGGUGGCGUCACAUAUGCAUAUAAGGCGUGCAUGUACGCAAAGCACCUGUGCUCUCAGUCUGGAGUCCAGUUUGUUCUCGGUGAUUCUCAAGGAAGGUUGAAACGCCUCGCUAAGGAUAGAAAUACUGGUAAAGUCAUAGGAAUCACCACAUGUGACGACAAACUGCACCUCGCCACGCUGGUGAUACUCGCAUGCGGCAGCUGGACUGCGAGCGUAUUGCCUGAAGCUCAUCGUACGGUGGAAGCAACGACUGGUUCUGUCAUGUACAUUGACGUUCCUGCUGAUCGAAGAGACAUCCGCCAGAAGUUCAGCCCGGAGAAUUUUCCCGUCUGGCACUACCGACGAGGACAGCAAGGAGACGAUGGGUAUUAUGAGGGCGGUGGUUUCCCGAUUACCUCAGAUGGUCGAUUGAAGUUUGGGUUCCGCGGCCGAAAACUGACCAACUUCCAAGACCACCCCUUUCAGACCGCCCUCCGUGUGUCAAUGCCGUGGACAGACGGUGCUGACAAAUUUCUCAAAACCGUCCCGAAAUACAACCUCGACUUGCAGAAGCAGGUCAUAGCAGAGGUGUUCCCUGAACUUGCUGAGUUCGGAUUCACGGACAGUCGACUGUGCUGGUAUACCGACAGUCCUGACAACAGCUUUGUCAUCGACUACGUGCCAGGAUACGGGGAUAGUCUGUUUAUAUGCACGGGCGGAUCCGGACAUGGAUUCAAGUUUCUUCCGAUCCUUGGUCGAUAUGUUAAGAACCAAAUUGAGCAUAACCAUGACCAAUUCACUCAAAUGUGGAAAUGGCGCUCUGCCGUCGCCGGUGAGCCAUGCAACCAUCUCAACGAAGGAGAGUCAAGAGACAUCAAAGCAAUUCAGAUGGCAUCGGCAAAAGACUACAGGUUCGACUCUGUUUGCGAACGCUUAGGUGUAGUGGAGGCGGAAGUAUAG